UUUCUUUGGCAAUGGCAUGGAAGGAUAUAAAAGAAGAGUGUGAAGGGCAAUUUUCGGAGACAAACUCUGUUGUGUUCUGUUAAUAUUGUUACAGUAUUUAUUUAUUCAUUUGUCUUCCUUAUUUUUCUGCACUGGCGGUUCCUGCAGUUGCAGUUGCAGGCUUUGCACCUUUCUCUCUCUCUUGGGACACCAUAGCAGAAUAAUGGAGCUCCAAACCCGGAGCAAUAAUGGCGAAAAAUCAAAUCCAGAAGAAGACCCUUCCCCCUUCGAAGACAUCGACAGCAACUGCUCCACUCCCUACGUAAGUGCCCCUUCCAGUCCAGGCCGGGGACCAGCCGGUGGUGGGGGCUUCUUCUACAGCGCUCCGGCGAGUCCAAUGCACUUCACCAUAACAGCAGCUUCCACUUACUCAACCUCUUCCUCUUCCUUCGAGAAAAGCUCUUCUUCCUGCGAGUUUGAGUUCUCGGCCCGGUUCGGUUCGACGGGGUUUAAUGGUUCCGCUUCAAUGAGCUCCGCAGACGAGUUGUUCUUGAACGGUCAGAUCCGACCCAUGAAGCUAUCGACCCACUUGGAGCGUCCCCAGGUUCUGGCUCCCUUGCUGGAUCUGGAGGAAGAAGAGGACGUAGAAAACGAGGACGUUGAGGCGCGUGUACGAGGUAGAGAUCUGAGGUUGCGCGACAAGUCUCUCCGGAGAAGGACCAGAUCCCUGUCACCUCUGAGGAACACGCCUCUGGAGUGGACAGAAAACGAGGAUGUGGUGAACGAGGUAAAAACGGACAAGAAGGAAAACGUGAGCGCUUCCAGUGGAACAGGGAGGAGUUCCAAGAGAUGGGUUUUCUUGAGGGAUUUUCUCAGAAGUAAAAGCGAGGGAAGGAGUAAUAACAAGUUUUGGUCCACCAUCUCCUUCUCUCCAGCCAAGGACAAAAAGGCCCAAAAUCAGGGAAAUGGGCCACCAAAGUCGAAGAAGGUGACAGAAAAGCCCACUAACGGUGUGGUCGGAAAGAGGCGCUUACCGGCAUCACCCCACGAGUUGCAUUAUAAAGCGAACCGCGCCCAAGCAGAGGAGUUAAGAAGGAAAACAUUUUUGCCUUAUAGACAAGGCUUGCUUGGGUGUUUGGGAUUUAGUUCCAAAGGAUAUGGUGCUAUGAGUGGCUUCGCCAGAGCCUUAAACCCUGUCUCUUCCAGGUAAACUUUUCUAUUCCUUUAUUAUCGAUAUUUAUAUAUAAAAAGAAGAGUUGUACAGAUAUCAAUAUUAUUUGUUCUUGUAUCGUUCUGGAAUCGCGUAGUUGAUUGUGGAAGUUUUACGACCACCUCCUAUUGUUGUAAUGGUGAAUGAAACUUGAGGUUUCUUCUACCCAUGUGUUUGUAGAUGUUCAUAAACAGUGUACAAUACUUUAAUGCUACUCACACACAGCAUGCUAUUUUACUGUUUAUGCUUGCUGGACAGUGUGCAGUAACUCAGUCUGAGUUUAUAUUCACACUACCUGGUUCUAGUGUUA